GUCUCCAUGGAAACGGGAGGGGCCUGGGCCUGCAGGGGGAGCGAUGGAGAAAUACGAACGGAUCCGGGUGGUGGGGAGAGGGGCCUUCGGCAUCGUCCACCUGUGCCUGCGCAAGGCCGACCAGAAGCUGGUCAUCCUGAAGCAGAUCCCCGUGGAGCAGAUGAGCAAGGACGAGCGGCUGGCGGCGCAGAACGAGUGCCAGGUGCUCAAGCUGCUCAGCCACCCCAACGUCAUCGAGUACUACGAGAACUUCCUGGAGGACAAGGCCCUCAUGAUCGCCAUGGAGUACGCCCCAGGGGGCACGCUGGCGGAGUUUAUUCACAAGCGCUGCAACUCCUUGCUGGAUGAGGACACCAUCCUGCACUUCUUCGUGCAGAUCCUCCUGGCUCUUCACCACGUGCACACCAAGCAGAUCCUGCACCGCGACCUGAAGACGCAGAACAUCCUCUUGGACAAGCACCGCAUGAUUGUCAAGAUCGGGGACUUCGGCAUCUCCAAAAUCCUGAGCAGCAAGAGCAAAGCCUACACGGUUGUGGGAACUCCGUGCUACAUCUCCCCAGAGCUCUGCGAAGGGAAGCCUUACAACCAGAAGAGCGAUAUCUGGGCUUUGGGCUGUGUGCUGUACGAACUUGCCAGCCUCAAGAGAGCGUUUGAAGCUGCGAAUCUCCCUGCCUUAGUGUUGAAGAUCAUGAGCGGGACGUUUGCCCCAAUAUCGGAUAGGUACAGCCCCGACCUGCGCCAGCUCAUCCUCAGCAUGCUGAACCUGGACCCUUCCAAGCGGCCACAGCUGAAUGAGAUCAUGGCCCAGGCCAUCUGCAUCCGCCCCCUCCUCAACCUCUACACCGACGUGGGCAGCGUUAAAAUGAGAAGGCCUGAAAAGCCCUUGGCUCCGGUUCCAGCAGUGACCCACGGCCGGACGGGGGGACGAGUGAGCAGCGCCAGGCCGAGGGGCGUUCGAGGUGGCUCAGCCAGGACGGGAAUCCCUCCGCCCCUGUCGUCCAUCUACACCUGGGGGAGCGGCAUCACCACCCCGCUCCGCCUGCCCAUGCUCAACACCGAAGUGGUGCAGGUGUCUGCUGGCAGGACGCAGAAGGCCGGGGUCACCAAAUCGGGGCGCCUCAUCAUGUGGGAGGCUCCCCCGAUGGGUGCUGCGGGAGGCCCCUCUCUGCCAGGAGCCACCGAGCAGCUGCAGCCUCAGUUUGUGUCCCGUUUUCUGGAGGGCCAGUCUGGCGUGACCAUCAAACACGUGUCCUGCGGCGAUCUCUUCACUGCCUGUCUCACAGACCGGGGGAUAAUCAUGACUUUCGGCAGCGGCAGCAACGGCUGUUUGGGGCACGGAAACUUCACGGACGUCAGCCAGCCCAAGAUCGUGGAGGCCCUGCUGGGCUACGAGAUGGUGCAGGUGGCCUGUGGCGCGUCCCACGUCCUGGCAGUUUCCAACGAACGGGAAGUGUUUGCCUGGGGCAGGGGGGAUAAUGGUCGGCUUGGGCUGGGCACCCUGGAGUGCCACAACUCCCCCCAGCAGGUAGCAGUCCCACCAGAGCACGAGGCUCAGCGGGUUAUCUGUGGCAUCGAUUCCUCCAUGGUCCUCACAGUGAAGAACCAGAUUCUUGCUUGCGGGAGCAACAGGUGUAACAAGCUGGGCCUGGACCAGAUCAGAUCAGUGGAAGAACCUUCCCCAGAGGACCAGGUGGAAGAGGCCACUGUGUUCACGUGUGUCCAGUCAGCCCCCUUGAACCAAGAGCCAAUUGUGUGUGCCGACAUCGGUACGGCGCACUCCGCUGCGGUCACAGCUUCUGGCCAGUGUUACACCUUUGGGAGCAACCAGCACGGGCAGCUGGGCACCAGCUCGUGCCGCAACAGUCGCGUGCCCCACCUGGUCGUGGGGCUCCGGGCCAUGAAGAUCACCGUGGUGGCUUGUGGGGACGCCUUCACCGUGGCCAUCGGAGCAGACGGCGAGGUGUGCACCUGGGGGAAAGGAGCCAGGGGACGCUUGGGCAGGAAGGACGAAGAAACAGGAGCGCCGAGGCCUGUGCAGCUGGAGGAGACGCAUCCGUACCUGGUGACCUCCGUAGCCUGCUGCCACGGGAACACGCUGCUGGCCGUAAAGCCUGCCGUGGAAGAGUCACCUCCUCAGUGAGCUGGAGGCGAGCGGGGCAGCAUCCAGCCUCACCGUGCGGGUGCAGGGGCUCCGUGUAGCGUGCCUGUCCUCUCGCUGGACCCGUGUCCCUGCGCCCAGAAGGGAGCAGCAACGACAGGGAGCUCCUGACGACGGUUCCCACAGAACCAGAGCUGGUCUCGCAUCGCAUCAACGAGGGUCGUUGUGAGCCUGAAGUGCCUGAGAGCCGCUGCACUGGACCUGCCGUGGGGCAGACAUCCCCAGUGCUGGCGCUGCGUUCGGUGGGUCACACUGGGGCUCUUCUCCACCCUGUUGGAAGUGCCUGUGGAAGCAGAAGGGCUCUCCUCUGCUGCUGGUGAGCACAGAGGUUGUUUUCCCCUGUGGAAACUGUCUCUGGUUACAAAGCCCAGGCUGACAGCUUGGUGUCUGAGAGAACUGUCAGCCUUUGCACAGCAGUGUCUGGAGUUACAGCCCCAGGCACUACACUGGGUGACUAAGUGCAAACCUCUUUUCUAAUUAGAGAAGUCUGGCCUUUCCCAUCCCCCCCCGAAAGCGUUUUGCCCGUUGGUUGAGCUGUUCAGCACGCUUUCAAGGGUCCUGGCCUGCAUGGCUGGCCGAACCCGGCGCGAGCAGCGUCACGCCUGUGUGGCGCAGCGCGGCCGUUCUCCCGAAGUGCCGCCCGGAGCUCUCCAAUUACAGCCUCCCAUGGCCCCAGGAGCUCAGCUGAGGAUCCUCCAGCUGAUGUUUGUCCUCAGGCCCCUAAAUCCUGCUGCUGACCAGCUCGCUGGCUCCCAGCUGAGCUAGUGGAAGGCAGCAAAACACAGCGAGUGAUUGUCUCUAAUUGAAGUUUUUUAACCCAGAUCUCUAGAGGGAGAUGAUGAA